AUGAGGGCUAAUAUUUUAGCACUCACUCUUAUAGCGAUAUGUUACGUUUCGCAAGCGAGUCCAAUUAUAGCCGUUUCAGUUCUAAGCCCGUUAGCAUUUUUGGUACCCACACCUUCAUCUACAACUACAACGACAACGAAAAAACCUACCACAACACCCUGUCCUCACGCUACCACAAAAUCAACUGCCAAAACUACUACACAGAAACAAACAACUACUACAAAUGCUACUACCACUACUACAAAAACGACACCACGAGUUACAAAUGCAACUACAACGAUUAAACCGAAUACCGCAACAGCAAACCCUUGUAAUACGACAACAGUUAAAAAUGUCACUACUCCAGGGCCAAAUACAACGACUAUUGGACCAGUAACGACACCCAGCGGGCUUGAUGUAACCACGUUAGAUGAAAUAGAUACCACUUCAGAAAGACAAGAUACUACUACACCAAGUUCACCAGAUGUGACGACGACAAUUGAAACUGAUACCACAACACCGAGUGGUACAGAUACCACAACGCCAAAUGGAAUAGAUACCACAACACCAAAUGGUAUAGAUACUACAACACCAAAUACAACAACUUAUGCACCUUGUGAUACCGAUACUACAACACCGAGUGAUACAGAUACUACAACAACGAGUGACACAGAUACAACAACACCAAAUGGAAUAGAUACAACAACUUAUGCACCUUGUGAUAGUGAUACUACAACACCGAGUGACACAGUUACAACAACACCGAGUGAUACAGAUACCACAACACCGAGUGAUACAGAUACUACAACACCAAGUGAUACAACAACACCAAAUGGAAUAGAUACUACAACAUCGAGUGAUACAGAUACCACAACACCAAAUGGAAUAGAUACCACCACUUAUGAACCUUGUGGGCAUGAAGAUACGACUCCAAGUGGUACAGAUACUACAACACCGAGUGAUACAGAUACAACAACACCAAAUGGAAUAGAUACAACAACUUAUGCACCUUAUACUACAACACCGAGUGACACAGAUACUACAACACCAAAUGGAAUAGAUACCACCACUUAUGAACCUUGUGGGCAUGAAGAUACGACUCCAAGUGGUACAGAUACUACAACACCGAGUGAUACAGAUACCACAACACCAAAUGGAAUAGAUACCACAACACCAAAUACAACAACACCGAGUGAUACAGAUACCACAACACCGAGUGAUACAGAUACAACAACACCGAGUGACACAGAUACAAAAACACCAAAUGGAAUAGAUACAACAACACCGAGUUAUACAGAUACCACAACACCAAAUGGAAUAGAUACAACAACUUAUGCACCUUGUGAUACCGAUACUACAACACCGAGUGAUACAGAUACUACAACACCGAGUGACACAGAUACAAAAACACCAAAUGGAAUAGAUACAACAACACCGAGUUAUACAGAUACCACAACACCAAAUGGAAUAGAUACAACAACUUAUGCACCUUGUGAUACCGAUACUACAACACCGAGUGAUACAGAUACUACAACACCGAGUGACACAGAUACAAAAACACCAAAUGGAAUAGAUACAACAACACCGAAUACAACAACACCAAAUGGAAUAGAUACUACAACAUCGAGUGAUACAGAUACCACAACACCAAAUGGAAUAGAUACCACCACUUAUGAACCUUGUGGGCAUGAAGAUACGACUCCAAGUGGUACAGAUACUACAACACCGAGUGAUACCGAUACUACAACACCGAAUACUACAACACCGAGUGACACAGAUACUACAACACCAAAUGGAAUAGAUACCACCACUUAUGAACCUUGUGGGCAUGAAGAUACGACUCCAAGUGGUACAGAUACUACAACACCGAGUGAUACAGAUACCACAACACCAAAUGGAAUAGAUACCACAACACCAAAUACUACAACACCGAGUGAUACAGAUACCACAACACCAAAUGGAAUAGAUACCACCACUUAUGAACCUUGUGGGCAUGAAGAUACGACUCCAAGUGGUACAGAUACUACAACAUCGAGUGAUACCGAUACUACUUCGAGUGAUACAGAUACUACAACACUGAGUGAUACCGAUACCACAACACCGAGUGAUACAGAUACAACAACACCGAAUACCACAACACCGAGUGAUACAGAUACAACAACACCAAAUGGAAUAGAUACAACAACUUAUGCACCGAGUGAUACCGAUACAACAACACCGAGUGAUACAGAUACCACAACACCGAGUGAUACAGAUACUACAACACCGAGUGAUACCGAUACUACAACACCGAGUGAUACAGAUACAACAACACCAAGUGGCACAGAUACAACAACUUAUGCAACUUGUGAUACCGAUACUACAACACCGAGUGAUACCGAUACUACAACACCGAGUGAUACCGAUACUACAACACCGAGUGAUACAGAUACCACAACACCAAGUGACACAGAUACUACCACUUAUGCCCCAUGUGGACAUGAAGAGACGACUCCAAGUGGUACAGAUACUACAACACAAAGUGAGACAGAUGCGACAACGCCAAGUGGUACAGAUACAACUUCUGCACCUUGUAGUCAUGACGAGACAACUCUAAAAGAUGGGGAUAGUACGACACCAAGCGGGCCAGAACUUACAACAAAGAAUGAACCUGACAUGACAACACCAGAGCCAUCAACUGUUAUUCCUAUCACUACAACGCCAUCAUCUUGUCACCACAAUACAACGUCGAAACCUGUCACUACAACUAGCACUCCUUCAGCUGAUCCUUGUGGACCCAGGUCUACUACGAAAGCUCCUAUAACGCAUAGAUCUGGAAACCCAUGCAAAUGUAGCGAUGGACCUACAACUGAGGUUCCAACUGAUGUGACGGAUAACUGGGUGGAUGAAACAGUCCAUCUCUUGAAUACAGGAGUAGUGGCCGUCGAAGACUUACUAGAAGAAAUUCUGGCGUCAGGAUCGAAAGAUCUUCUGCAUAAAAUCAGAAAGAGAAGAAAGAGAAAGACUAGAAUACACAAAACAACAACGGUAUUGCCAUUAAUAAUGUAGAUAAAGUAUUAUUGGAACUUGAAACUGCAGACUUAUGUAUCGCUUUACUAAACGCUUGUGUCAAUAAAAUGACAUGUACAUUAAUUUUCUAUAACAAUGCAAGUGUAGUUACCUAUACUUUAUUAUGAAUAGGUAAGUAUUAUAUGUAUUUUGAGAUAUUGCAUUGUAUACGUAUGUAGAUGCAUUAUUUGUUGUUGAUGAUAAAUAAAUAUGCGUA